UAUGUUCAUUAACUGUCAACUUCCGGAAAGCAUGUUGUCCGAAGAAUACAUCACACAGUCAUUUUAACCCAUUGCAUAAAGGUUGAGUGAUCAUCAAAAUACAUAAGAGACACAUGAGUUGCUCAUAAUGGGUAAAUCUGCGGGCCACAAAGCAAAAAACACGUACAGGUUUCAAACCUUCUCAGAGCGAAUAAAGAACAUAAAUAUCGAUGUUAUACAUCAAAUAAGACAUCACGAUGACACUCCAGAGGAGAUUGGCACCUAUUUUGCACAGGCCCUGCAGAAACAGUCUGAGCUCAACUGUACAGAUCAUUUUGAGUCCUUUCAGAAGGAAAUUUCCCACCAGGUGAAAACAUUCAACCAGCUGGUAUACCAUGAGGCAGAUAUUGUGGCUGCACUUAAGAAACACCUGCUUGUCCCAAAGAGUAUGGCUGUGAUUUCACUUCUAGAUCUUCUGGUACAGCUGGCCCGUGACCUGCAGUCAGAUUUCUACCGCCACUUUCGUGACUUCUUUGACAUCCUGGUGUCGUUACUGGGAAGGUACACACAGGAAGUGGACAUCUUAGAGAGCACGUUCUCCUGUCUGUCCUACUUGUUCAAGUUCCUGUGGCGAUACCUGCUCAAGGAUGUGAGAGUUGUGUUUGGAUACUUUUCUGCACUGCUCAGUAAACAAAACAAGGAAUAUAUCCGCAACUUUGCAGCAGAAAGCUUUGCCUUCCUUAUGCGCAAGAGCAAGGACCAGGGGGAGCUGUUUGAUUUCAUGUUCGAAUCUCUUAAAACAGAGCCCGAUAAAUCAGAGGGAGUGGGGCGACUGAUGUUCGAGAUGAUGAAGGGAGUCAAAGGGCAGUUCCAUAGCUGUGCCCAGAAGGUGUUUCCAAUGCUGCUGAAGAGACUCGGUCCAGUUGGAAAGCAGAAAGGUUCCUGGUUACCAUGGCAACAUGUGGAGGACUCCAUGGCAACCACGGUUUUGUCAAUGGCGUUCCAUGCUGACCUGAUUCAUCUCAAGGAUGUGUGGCACAUGAUUCUGGAUUCAAUUGUUGCUGUUCAGAACCGGUGUCAAGACAGCAAGAAAACAUCAGCCGUCGUCAAGGAAACAGUGGGCCGUUUGCUACGACUCCUCGACAUUCUCUUGACCUUCAAAGGGGGCAAGGUUAUCUGUGAACCCAACCAGAUUGCCAAGGUGAUUCUAUCAUUGCUGCAAAGUGGAUGUUUCCCAAGUGAGGUUGGACAGGAUAUUGUCAAGGUCACAUCAUCCUUAAUUCUGAAUGCCAAUACUAACCUGGAUGUGUCGGUGACAACAAAGAUUAUCCAAACGGUGUUUAUGACAAGCUACCCUGCAAAACUUGUGUACACCUUCACUAAAUCCCUGUACGAUCUAGCGCUCUUUGAAAAAGAUGUUCUACCUCCAUUUCUUAAGUACUGUCAAAAGUUGGUCGCAGAAAACAAGCCUGAGCUUGAUGAGGAAACGUUAGGAAUUAUAACAGACCUGGUGGUCUGCAAGUGUCCGCUGCUUAGCAACGGUGAUCAUCUGGAAAGCAUGGACACUUACAUUCUGGAUUUUGGUGAAAGUUCUGUAGGAAGGAGUGUUCCAGAUUUAGUCACAGGAAUCCUCAACCAUUCUAGUCUCGAUAAAGAAAACUUGCCCAGACUGUGGGCUGCCCUCGUGUGUCUGCCACACAUCAGACCACUACAGAAAAGGCAAGCACUGAUUGGUGACCUCUCCGAGCUGACAAAACAGUUGAUUGGUCAGAUGUCACAUGACCAAUCAGCAGCCAAUGAGACCUUGUAUCUGAUUGGCUGUCAAGCAUUGGUUACCAUGGUGAUGCUUUUGGACAAUCAGGAGGUGUUCCAGCAUGUACCUGUGAACGUUAUCACUGAGUGUUUAUGUGCCCACAGCACCGAUGUCCACACCCUGCGUCUGGCCGAUGUGUAUUUCUCCCAUGCCAAGAACCAGUCUAAGGAUGACGUGCUCAACAGCGACACUUUGAUGGCCAUAUUUUCAGCCCUGCAGAUCAACCUGUCAUCCCCUCACGCUGAUAUUCGGCAUUUGACCUUGAGGAUUUUGGCUGGAUUUGACCUUCCUUUGCCACCUUCUGAAGGGGAGGCAACCAGCGUGUUUGAGAUCUGUCUCAGUGCGGAGACCACUGAGGCUUCGCUACACCAGUAUAGAGAGAGACAGCGACACCUUCAGAAACUGGACUUCUGCAACGUUCAGAACUGUCUUCCAGCUGGACCAUUCAAUGAGGUUCCUUUAAGAUAUCUUCUUGGCAGCUUAUUCGUGAAUAUGAAACUGCUGUGGGAGCCAAUCAGAACGCUGAUAGCUGGACAUGCCCAGCAAAUGGAUCGCACUGCAUUCUGGGAUAUCUUUGGCAGCCAUCUUGAACAGGCAGCUGAGCAAAGUGAAAAACAUUUACACCAAACUGACACAUCAUUGACAAGGGGUUCUGCGAAUGAUGAUGAAGAUGAUGAUACCAAGACAGAGUCCCCAACUGCUAGCAGACUACUAAUGGAGGCUACAAAGUCAUUACAGGGUGUGGACUCAACGCCACCAGAUUUUGUCAAUUUCCGCCACCAACUCUGGCAGACGAUGCAGCUGUUUUCAGACAGAAGCUCGGGAAAAUCGCGGCUUCUUGUGCCACUCCUGUUUAGAUUUUUAGAAAAUGAGUACUACCUUAGUGACAUGAGCAUAGCACCCACCCAAAAUAUAAUGCGCAAACUUAUUGAAAAUCUGCAAGAGGAGACUAUGGACUGUACAGAAAGCACAGACAAUAUUGUUGCUGAACCAAAGGAGAGUGAAAAUAAGGUUGCUAAUAAACAAGGGAAAAGACUUACUGGUCAAGAUUUAAAAGAAGACAGUGUAAAAGAAGCUGUGGCCAGCAAUGUUAAAAGACCUAAUACAAGUUCGAGUGUUCACAAUAUUGAAGAGGUAGUUGAAAUUAGCAAAGAUGAGAAUAUUGAUGAUAAUGAUGAUGGAGAUACUGCUUUGUCAAGCGGGAUAAAAACCAGAAGUCAACGAGCAGCAAAAGCUGUAGUUGGCAAUAGUGUAGAAGUCAGAAGUUUAAGAACAAGAACUGGAAAUCAGCGUAGGGCAGAAAAUGAGCUUGAUCUAGUGAGUCCUAUUUCCGCAAGUAACAGUGAAAGCAAAAAGAAAGAAGGACAUGUCAAAGAAGACUUUAAACAAAAUGUUUCAAGAAGAAUAAAAACAAGAAGUAUUGCCAAGAUUGACGGCACUUAUCUAGAUAUGGAUGUGGAUGAAGAAGUUAUUGAUUUAACAGAAGAUGAUCCAGAGGAUGUAGAGAAAUCAAACAGUGAAGAUAAUGAUGAUACCAAACAGGAAAACAGUGUUACUGAAGUGGUUACAGAGGCUGAAAAGUAUGAUAAGCUUAGUGCAAUAGAGGAAAAUGAGAAAGAGAUAGCUGUUGAGCUAGGUGACACUGAGACGUCUGGAAAGAAAAAGGCCAAAGAUAAAUCAAAUAAGACUGAUGCAGCAGAGAAGAGGAAAAGGAAAGCUGCGGCAAGUUCACUGGUUGUACACUUGGCACUGUUUGCCAAAUUUACAGAGCCUCUAUCAAUGUACAGGGAGCCUGAGCUGCGGAAAUUGUACUAUGAGUUGCUGAUUCACAAGAACUCGGAGGUUCAGAAGACAGCCUUUAGAUGCCUGAUGACGUACAAGUUCAAAUACCUGGUGCCUUACAAAGAGAACUUUGAGCGCCUUCUGGAGGACAAGUCAUUCAAGAACGAGAUUGUGCUGUUCAGCAUCGACAACGAGACCAGCGUGGUGAGUCCUGAGCAUAGACAGGACGCCCUUACUGUGCUUAUGAGGAUCCUGUAUGGCAAGAUGCACGUGAAGACGGGCAAGAACACGUCUGGCAAGCAGCAUAGCUCUGCGCGCCAGUCUAUCGUGCUGGGCUUCCUGAACGGCUGCAGUCACCAGGAGCUUGCACUCUUCAUUGAGCUGGUGUUUGCACCCUUCCAGGGCCUGGUAUCAGAGAACCCCCUGAAGAUGGUGAAACACAUCAAGGAUGAGACAGACCUGACCUGUGUGCUGCCUGUCAACAGAAUGCAGGGAGCCCUCAACUCCAUUGACAUGCUGUUCAAGAAGCUGGGACACCUGUUAGACACCUUCCUGCCAACUGUCAUUCAGAUCAUCGUUGGCAUGGCAACACUGUGUGGAGUGUUGCUUAGCAACAGAGAUAGGGUGGUGCUGCACGCGCUGAACCCUCUCAAGAACAUACGACAAAAUGCUGUCUAUAGGAUUACACAGUUGUUCAACGAGUAUGAUAAGUAUCCUUGGCGACCCGUGGAGCUUGAUGCCCUGUUUGAAGGGGCCGUGUGGCCCCAGCUGGACCGGCUCUCAUAUGAGGGUAUCUACCACCCCACACCCCUGCUGAAGCUGCUGCACUGCUGGACACUGAAUCCUAGAUAUUUCUUCCUGUUAGCCAAGCAUCACAAAGACAAUGCCCAAUACUCCCCACUGCCCCAUGUUAUCAAGCUUCUACUUCACCCAGAUGUGAGUCCCAAUGUAAGCUCCUUUGUGAUGGAGAUGAUUGACAAUCUUCUGAGGGACCCAGAAGAGUUGGAAGAGGAAGUCAUGGUCAUUGAGGUGAAUGACAUGAUCAAACUGUCGUCUGCAGAGAGUGAACAAGGAAUCUCGCUGGGAUCUCGGCUACUGCUGCCCCAUAUCUCCGACAUCCUCGUCUACAUACAGCGAUACGUCACAGCGCUGUUUAACAAGCAGACCAAGAAGCACAACGUGGCUGGCAAGGAGCUCAGUAUACUCUCCAGGUUAAGCAAGUUUGUGGAGGAUGAGGAGAGAAGUCAGACACUGGUGGGUCUGCUGCUGCCUUUCAUGGGGCCAAAGUUCACCAGGAACGCUAAAACGGAGGAUGACAUCCUUAGCAGCAUCUUGAACCUGUUGCGGCAGAUGUCUGAUAGGAGCGCCUUCUUCCAGCCCGUGUCCAAGCUGUUUGGUUCCCUUCAAAACAGGCCUGCACGAGUGCUACUGGCACAGAUAUUUGUGGAGAUUUGCAAUGGCAAUGAAGACCUGGAGAGUCUAGCAAUCAUUGUCCAAAAGAUCAAUUCCUGGGACAUGACUAAGACAGAGGAACCAGACUACAUGCAACGACUUGAAGGGUACCGGUCAGCGUCCAGUCUGGUCAAGGGAAUGGUCACCAUGGAUAUAAACAUCUGUCUCACCCUCCUACAUAACUGCUGCUUCUUUAUAACUACAGUUGAGGACAUGUCCCUUAGGGACAGCUCCACGCUGUGUGUUGUGAACAUGGUGCGGAGGUUCGGAGAAGUGGAAUAUGACGAGGCCACGUACAACACUGUCAUCAUCAGGGGACUCAUGCACCAGUUGCACUUCGGCCUCAAAUGUAAAUCACAGACUGUUUUACAUGAAUUUGUGACAAUUUUGGCCACCUUGGUGGACACCUUUGGAAAGCAGUCAGCGUUUGAGGAUCUGAGGCCUCUUAGAGACAAGGAUGUCGAGGCUGAUUUCUAUGAAAAUGUCAAACAUAUUCAGGUGUACAAACGAUCCAGAGCUGUCCGUAGGCUCAUUAAGUACCUGGAUACCAACGCAGUGCGUCUGGAGACGGUAAACUAUAUAUUCCUGCCGAUUGUCUCGUCCUUCAUCAUGGACGACUCGUACAAGAAACACGCCACAGUUCAGGAGGCCGGGGUCGACGGCAUUGGCGUCAUCUGCAAGGUGUUACCAUGGAAACACUACAUGGGGCAGCUGAGAUUCUACCUGAAACAGCUGCCUUUGAAGAUGGAGAAACAGAAGCUUCUUGUCCGAGUGAUAGUAGCCAUUCUAGAUAACUUCCAUUUUGACCUGAAUAAAUCUACACUGAAUGUGAAGAAUACUCCAGUGCCCAAAGUGGAGAGGGAACCAGUAGUGAAACCAGUCUCAGUGGAAACCUUUGACAAAGACAAUGACAACGAGAAUCCUGCAGCAGAUGAAAAUGUUGAGACAAUCCCUGAGAUCAAUGAGGCAGUGGAGGAGGAAGGGAGUGCUGAAGAGCUCUCAAAAGGGCGACAACUAUGCUCUGCAAAGAUGGCCACCAAAAUACAUGAAUCCAUUCUGAAGAAAGUCAUUCCUCAGCUUCAUCAUAUUCUAGUGCAGAAGUCAAAGUCAGAUGACGAGCACAAAGUGAACAAGUCCAAAUUUCCAGAAGACGAAGAAAUCUUGCGUGUUCCCAUCGCCCUAGCGAUGGUGAAACUCCUCCAAAACUUGCCAAAGGGUGCGCUGGAACGUUUCCUACCCGGAAUACUUCUCAAAGUGUGCAAUUUUUUGAAGUCUCGCUCACCAGACAUUCGUAAUACAGCCAGAGAGACACUUGUGAAAAUCCAGUCAACCCUUGGACCGCGAUUUUUCCCGUUCAUUUUGUCAGAACUUCGUGGCUGUUUGACACGAGGCUAUCAGAGACACGUUCUGUGCUACACGGUUUUCAUGCUUCUCAAGAACAUGGAGGAAAGAGUGCGCCCAGGUGAUAUUGACGUGUGCUUGAAGAGCUUACAACAGGUUUUUGAUAGCGAGAUAUUUGGGGAGGUGUCAGAUGAGAAGGAUGUUCAAGGCAUCAAGUCCAAAGUGUUUGAGGCACGAAGCAGUCGCAGUUUCGAGUCUUACGAGUUCAUCGCCAAGUACAUCAGCACUGGAUCCCUCAUGAAGCUUAUGGAGCCAAUGAAAACCAUACUAGACACCACACACAGCCAAAGGUCUGCCAAGAAGGUGCAUGACGUGCUGAAGAAAGUCAUACAUGGUCUCCUUGACAACAAGAACAUCACAGUGGAAACACUGCUUGUGCUCGUGCAUGGCAUCACCACGGAAACAAUUCCUUUACUGCAGGACAAGAAAACUGUGGAAACUAAGCCAUUGGAGGAGAAGCCGGGACUUCGGCCACAGAGUUGUCUGCUCCUGCAGCCCGAGGCUCCACGUGGGGGGCUCAAACCCAAGACCAGCAAGAAAACUAACAAACACGUUCUAGUGGAGUUUGGUCUUCAGUUGCUGAGUCAGUUGCUAAAGAAACAACGCUUGGUUGCCACGGAUACUAGACACCUAGAGAUGCUGGAUCCCCUGGUACCGAUGAUGGCUGACUGCCUGCACUCCAAGUACAUAAUGGUGAAUGCAACGUGCCUGCGUGUGCUGUGCUUCCUGUUGAGGUUCCCCCUCCCCUCUCUAAGAUCCCACAUCGCAGGGGUCGCCAGCGCCAUGUUUGUGUUGCUAAGGAAUUAUGCCACUGCUGGUGCUGCCAGGGGAGACAACAAAGAGCUCGUGAUGAUGCUUUUCAAGGCUGUGACAGUGUUGGUGCGUGAGGUUAAAUUCCACCAAAUUGACAACAGUCAGCUUCAAGUGUUACUUACUUUCUGUGAAGAGGAUAUUCAUGACUAUAAUCGGCAGAGCACGGCAUUCUCACUGCUUAAGGCGAUUCUGUCACGAGGCUUGAACAUCCCGGAGGUUCAUGAAUUAAUGAAGAAAGUGGAAGAGAUGUCUAUAUCUGCUGAGUCAGCACAUGUACAACGGGAGUGUAGACAGGCAAUGCUGCAGUACUUACUGGACUACUCCCUUGGCAAGAAGAUGGAGGGUCAUAUACAGUUCUAUGUGUCCCAGCUGUCGUUUGAGCUGGAGAGCGGACGGGAGUCUGCCCUUGAGAUGCUGGCAGCCUUCUUCACUUCAUUCCCUCAGCACCUGUUGUCUAAAUACUCUGGCCUAUUCUAUCUACCCAUGGCGGCCAGUUUGGUGAACGACGAGUCAGUCAAGUGUAGGAAGCUUAUUGCACUCGCCAUCAAGUCCCUGCUGGGCAAGCUGGACCACAACACUCGCUCCAACCUGUUCAGCAACACCUUGAAGUGGUUCAUGGAUAGCAAGUUGCGUCUGAGGAUCAUGGCAGCCCAGCUGUGUGGACUGUUUGUUGAGGUGGAGGGCGGCCAUUUUGAGUCGCGCAUGGCCGACUUCCUGCCAGUAGUAGAGCAGCAUCUUGAGCCUGGCAAAUACAAGGCGGUUGAGCAGGAGAUGGUAGAGAGAGACCAGGACCUGAUGGUGUACACUGUCCUCAACACCCUGGUUAAGGCACUGAGGGAGUGUCCAGGGGUCAUCACAGGGUCACGAUGGGAGGGCAAUAUGAAUGUCAUCUGGGAGCAUGUGGAGACCUACCUGAGCCAUGCCCAUCUCUGGGUACAGCUAGCAGCUGACCAGCUUUAUGGACUGUUGUUUGCUGCCUGGCAACCAGACCUGCUGGUAGCCAGGGAAACACAGACCUCUACCCAGUACCUCACUGUGGAUACCAGGAAAAGGAUGAAGUCACUGGCCAUUGACUUCAUUCAUCAGCUGCAGUCUGAGCUUCUCAACGAGGACAUAGCUGGACAGGUUAUCAAGAACCUUAUCUUCAUCACCAAGUGUGCGAGGCUGUUUGAUGAGAGGCCCCUCUCAAAACCCGACGUGGAGCCUGAGUCGGAACAGACUGAUUCAACCAAUGAGAAACGAGGCCGCGUUUUCUCCGUUUUGUGGCUGGUUCGCAAGAUGAUACGCGAGGCUCAUCAUGAGGCCAUUACUAAUAAUAAGAGCACCAUUAAGCGUAUGCACGUGUACAAAUGGCUGGCAGCCAUCAGCCUGGACCUGGGUCCCUCCAUGGAUGUGACCGUACUCAAGACCAUGGUCCCCCCACUGCAGAGAGAGCUCAAUGACCAGGCCAUGAUGCAGGAUACGUCCCUGCGUACGUUGGCUGGUGAGGUGAUUGACCUCUUGAAGAAGACAGUCGGUGUUGAGAGAUUCACGACAGUGUACGCCAGCACUCAGAAAGAACGCGCAGAUAGACGAGACAAGAGGAAACAGCACAAGGCAUUCCAGGCUGUUUCCAACCCAGAGGUGGCUGCCAAGAGGAAGCUGAAGAAGAAUCUGGCCAAGAUUGCAGCCAAGAAGAGGAAGAUCCAUCAUUUGAAGCCAUCGAAGCAGGCCAAGAAGAGAAAACUACAGGAGUUUGCUAUUGCAGAUUAAGAGAAUUGGGCGUAGUGAUUGGUUUAAUAGAUUUUAUGCAAAAAAACAUUAACAGUUUUUUGUGUGAUGUUUAUAUGUAUGGAAAUGUCAUAUUUGUUAAAAUUGAUGAUUGUUUCUGAAUACAAUUAUGAGUGCCGU